GUCUCAUGCAAUAUUAAGCUCAAUAUAGUAUACACACGAAACGAAAGAAACUAUUUUCUUCACUCAAAGGCAAGGUUUAAUCCAUGUCCUUUCAGUUUUAAAUCUCUUUCAAUCUACUAGGAAGAAACAAAGGAAGAUUUUGUUUCUUCUUCAUCAAGAAACAAGCCCUAGAUUGAUCGAAACUUCCAUCAAGAAACCAUGGACAAAGUUGUGAGAAUGUCUUCAGAGAAAGGAGUGGUUAUAUUCAGCAAGAGCUCGUGUUGCAUGUCCUAUGCAGUCCAAGUCCUCUUCCAAGACCUCGGGGUUCACCCGACCGUCCAUGAGAUCGAUAAGGACCCUGAUUGUCGUGAGAUUGAGAAAGCCCUAAUGAGGCUCGGCUGUUCCACACCGGUCCCAGCCGUCUUUGUGGGUGGGAAGCUCGUGGGUUCGACUAAUGAAGUCAUGUCGAUGCACCUAAGCGGCUCGCUGGUUCCACUGGUUAAACCAUUCCAGGCCAAUCUAUGUUAAGAAAAGGUGUUCUAACUCAUCUAAAAGACGAAAAUGUAUUUCAAUAAGAAACAGCCAAAACAAAACACAGUCGUAUAAUAAGUAUAGCCUAAUGCAACCUUUGUAAUUUGUACC